AUGAAAGGUUGUGAUGAGAAAGCAAUAAAGGAAAAAUGUGAGUGUGGGUUCAAGAUUUGUAGAGAUUGUUAUUUAGAUUGUGUGGGGUCUAAUGGUGCGGGUCAUCGUCCUGGUUGCAAGGAAUCCUACAAGGAUGAUAAGGAGGAGGGGGAGGAUGACGAUGAUGAUGAUGUGUGGCCUAAAGAUGGAAGGUUCACCUUCAGCCCUGCCAAAUGA